AGUAAAUGGGGAGGGGCCAAAAUCGAGGUCAGCGUGUGAGCCACUGCUUUCAGAGUUGAUCGGGAACCGGUGAUGGAGUAUUGUACAGUAUGCUAGAAUUCUUGUUGCACUCCCGGGAAAACAUUGAUACUACCAAAUAACUGGGAUAAAACGUGGAUGCAGCUACAACAAUAUGAUGGGAUCAGGAACCUUUGACCUGAAAUGUAAAGCUUGACCUUGUCCAUGUCAGGUGAGACAGAGCCAAAGCCCUACAUGUACAGGGGACCAUCUGAGGAGGGGGAGCCGGAGUCCCCGUGUGGCUCCAUGUCUCACCUGCACCACAUGGGCGGGGCCUCUGAGGGGAGUGACAGCAGUCAUGACCAACCCACGUCUCCCAGACCUCAAACACAGAUGCAUGAGGACAUGGAGAUGGGUGGAAAUGGCUCCAGUGGAAGUGGCACAGAAUCUCACAGUAACGAGUCGCACAGUAAUGAAUCCCAUGGAAAUGAGUCUGUGGGGAGUUCCAGUGGAAACAGAAAAGAUUAUGCCAUCAUGGCAUCAUCAGGGAGUAACAAGAGCUCAAACUCUCAAAGUCUUUCUCCUCCCAGUAGCAACAAUGCUUUCAGCCUUGUCAGUUCAGAGCAAGACAACCCCUCAACCAGCGGUUGCAGUAGUGAACAGUCUGCAAAGGCUAAGACUCAGAAGGAGCUUUUUAAGACCCUAAAAGAGCUGAAAUAUCACCUCCCUCCCGACAAGCGCAGCAAGGGCCGGGCCAGCACACUUCACACUCUCAGAUACGCCAUGCGCUGCAUCAAACAAGUCAAAGCCAAUGAAGAGUACUAUCAGAUGCUUAUGAUUAAUGACAGUCAGCCUUCAGGUCUGGACGUGUCCUCAUACACUAUUGAAGAAAUCAACAGUAUUACCUCAGAAUAUACCCUCAAAAAUGCAGAUAUUUUUGCAGUUGCGGUGUCCCUGAUCACGGGGAAGAUUGUGUACAUUUCGGAACAGGCUGCAGGAAUCUUGAACUGCAGAAAGGAUGAGUUCAAAGACACAAAGUUUGUGGAGUUUCUGGCACCUCGUGACGUCAGUGUGUUCUACAGUUUUACAACACCAUACAGACUUCCAUCUUGGAGCAUGUGCACUGGAACAGAGUCAUCAUCCACUGAAUUCAUGCAGGAGAAAUCCUUUUUUUGUCGCAUCAGUGGUGGUAAAGAGAAGGAAGGAGAUCUGCAGUACUAUCCCUUCAGGAUGACUCCAUAUUUGAUGAAGGUUCAAGACUCUGAGCUCUCUGAGGAACAUUUCUGUUGCCUCAUACUGGCUGAAAGAGUUCACUCUGGAUACGAAGCACCAAGAAUUCCACCUGAUAAGAGAAUCUUCACCACAACACACACACCAAACUGUGUGUUUCAGGAUGUUGAUGAAAGGGCGGUGCCUCUGUUAGGGUAUCUGCCUCAGGACCUGAUUGGGACACCUCUUCUGUUACACCUGCAUCCCAGUGACAGACCUAUAAUGCUGGCAGUGCACCGGAAAAUUCUGCAGUAUGUUGGGCAGCCAUUUGAUCACUCGUCUAUCCGAUUCUGUGUGAGAAAUGGAGAAUAUAUUACUCUAGAUACAAGCUGGUGUAGCUUUGUGAACCCGUGGAGCCGCAAGGUGUCCUUUGUUAUCGGACGGCACAAAGUUCGCAUGGGUCCGAUGAAUGAGGAUGUGUUUUCAGCUCCAGUUUUAACAGAGGACAAGAUCAUUGAUUCAGAUAUACAGGAAAUCACUGAACAGAUUCACAGACUGCUUCUACAGCCGGUCCACAGUGUGGGGUCCAGUGGUUAUGGCAGUCAUGGCAGCAAUGGUUCCCACGAACACCUGCUGAGCAUAGCGUCCUCUAGUGACAGUAAUGGAAAUGCAGCAAACGGUGGGAACAGGAGUAAUGGAAAUAGCAGAAAGGAAGAGGGGACCAAAUGCAAACCGAGGUCAUUUCAGGAGAUUUGUAAAGGCGUUCACAUGUUGAAGGCUCAGGAGCAGCAAGGCUCCUCUUCCAAACCAGAACAGAAAAAGAACUUGGAUACAGGGCUCAGGUUUCCUGUUGUAAAGCAGAAAGACUCAGAGAUGGUCAGAGAUGGACCUGCCACAGUGGAGGAACUCAAGGACCACACAAUGUACUCAUACCAGCAAAUCAGCUGUCUGGACAGUGUCAUCAGAUAUUUGGAGAGCUGUAACAUCCCAAACACAGUAAAACGAAAGUACCAGUUCUCCUCGAACACCACCUCCUCAAACUCAGACGAGGACAAGAAAGCUUCUGAUGCCACUCUUCGGCAAACUGAUGAUUGUCUAGGUGUAGAGGAGACAUCGUCUAUGUCUAUGUCUAAGACCAAUGAAAAGCCUUUGUCAGGUCCUGCUCCAGGUCGUGUUGUGGGAGGGCCUUUAUCUCCUUUGGACCUGCCCAGCAAAGCAGACAGUGUGGUGUCUCAGUGUUCCUACAGCAGCACAAUUGUACAUGUGGGGGACAAGAAAACACAGCCAGAAUCAGAGAUCAUUGAAGAUGUUGCGGAAAGCCCAGCCCCUUCUGCACCUGUUAGUGUGGUUUCCCCACCCACAGUGGAGCAGGAAGCCUAUAAGAAGCUGGGACUCACAAAACAGGUACUGGCAGCACACACACAGAAGGAAGAGCAAGCAUUUCUCAGUCGCUGCAGGGAACUCCGAAACGGUCAGGCCCUCCAGAAGGAUUGCCCACCUAGAACCCGAGGACAGGCUACCGAGGCUUCAGGUGCUCAUGGAUCCAAAGCAGGAAUGGGUACCCCUGUUACAGAGGCAAAAACCAAGAAAAGCUGCCGCACCAAAAAAUCGAAGAAACCACGAACAAAACAUCCUAAUUCAUCAGAUAAUGCUGCGUCCCAACACAGACCUCUCCCACCCUUGCAGGGUUUAAACCAGACAUCUUGGUCCCCCUCCGAGACAUCCCAGUCUGGGCUUUCAGUUCCAUUUCCCACAGUGGUUCCAGGGUACCCUCUCUACCCUGUAGUUCCCUCUAUGACCCCGGCCCAAGCCCCUACAGGAGCAACAGAGUCCCAGAGCACUCAGGCCACGCCUCCUGCAGCUGCAUAUCCUGCCCCUUUGGUCACGCCAGUUGUAGCAUUUGUUUUGCCCAGUUUUAUGUUGCCACAGAUGGGCACAGCACCUCGCCCUCCAUUCUAUGCUGAUACUCAGCAAGCCUACAGUGCUCUCUUUCAAACCCAGCAGGCCUACAGUGCCCAGCAGCCCUUUCAGCCCCAACAAGCCUACAAUAUCCAGCAACCCUUGCAGUCUCAAGUCUACACUGGCCAACAAGCAUUUCAGCCACAAGAAGUCUAUACCAACACACAACACCUUCAAAACACUCAAGGCUGCAAUAAUCACCAGGGCUUUCAGACCCACACCUCCUUUGCUUCCCAGCAGCCUGUGUUUACAACCCAGACACAUUUCCAGUACGGAAUGACAUCUGACCCCAAACCCUCUGUCAUUGAGUCUACCGAGUGUCCUUCUCCUUUGCCACCCCCUCACUCCCCUCCACUGUUUGAGUCUCGCUGUAGUUCUCCAUUGCAGCUGGACCUGCUUCAGUUGGAGGAGAAGCAGGACUCUCAUACCCAGGGUAACUGCAGUUCAGUACAGGACAAAAACAACACAUCCAUCAAUAGCACUUCUUCUGCAAUGGAUGACGUACAGCAGGCAUGUUGUUCAGGUAACGGUGGCCCCUGUGGUGACCACUCCUCAUCCAGCAGCGUGUUGGAACUGUUGUUGCAGGAAGACUCUCAUUCUGGCACAGGUUCUGCCAUGUCAGCAUCCACUGGGUCCACAUCAAAUGACUGCAACACCUCCAACAGUGGAACAGGGAGCAACACAAGCAAGUAUUUUGGCAGUGUGGACUCCUCAGAGAACAAUCACAAGAGCAAAGAAAUAAUGAAGGAACAGGAGCAGAAUUUUGCCAAGUAUGUUCUUCAGGAGCCUGAAUGGAGACGUAUGGAAGAUGAUGAUGACUGCGUCAUGAUGACCUAUCAAGUGCCGUCAAGGGACAUGGAGAAGGUUCUGGGGGAAGAUCGGGAGCGUUUAAGGCAUAUGCAGAAGAACCAGCCCCGUUUCUCUUCAGAACAGCGUCGAGAACUGAUUGAUCAGCACCCCUGGAUGAGGAGAGGAAGCUUACCCAAUGCCAUCAACGUCAUGGAUUGUAUGUACUGCGAGAAUGAUGUCUCUGCUCUGCUAGAAGAAGACCUACCUGAUAUGGAGGUGGGAAUGUUGGGAAGAGUACAAGAUGGAGGAGGAUCUCAUUCACAGGAAGAGAAGGAGCAACCAAGUGGAUAAUCUGUGUCUUGAAAUUGCACUAAUCUCAGCCAGCAGAGGGCAACAGGUUCACACCUGUACUACACAUUGAGUAAAAUAGUCUGGAGGUAUUUAAUCAGAUGUCAUUUGUUAAAGAUUAUGAAUGUGUUUAUUUAUGUGUGUAUGUGUCUGUAAAGACAAAAGUAUGCCAGAUAGCUGACUCCAGUUCUCUUGUACUGUUUUAACAUGUAGUUACAGUAAUGUUUUCCUCUGUGGGAUGAAGCUCUGUGCACAUAUCAGAACAUACGCAGAUUACCAGACUAUGUUUGUACCAGCUGACAUUGGAAUGAGGUGUAGAGCAUUUAUUCUAUAGUAUUUAUAAAUGAAAAAGAGUAUCUAUUAUGAACACAAUAGUAUAUGGGCCAAUACUAAUGCAUCAAGCCAAUAAUCAAAACCAGGAAAUGAAACACCACCAUACUGUGAGUUUGGGGACCAUUCCAGCCAAAUAAGCUGCUGCCAACAAUAUACAUGACCAGUCUAUUCCGCUUACAGGGCUCAUGUCUUUUUGUGAACAGGAAAAAGUUGUUGUGGGUGUUCAGGGACGUGCAAUCAUGGGAAUUAAUAUUUUUGUAGACAUGUUUUGUAGGUCAUAAAGUAAUUGUCCAAGAAAUUGAAAUUUCUACCUUUCAUCUCUUCUUUUGUCUUUUGGCUAUACAAAUGUUCUGUUCACACUGCAGUUGUCCAACAGGGAACCAGUGACAGAAAUCCUGUAAACUGUCUGAGCGUUCCUGCACCUGAAAAACUCUGCUUCUAUUCUCUGACAUUUCAAGUACUGAAGUUUGAAUACUGGAACUGACUCUCUACAUCUCAGUUUAUGAUUUGUGAAGUAUUGAAGCAAAUGACUGUGCGACAACCUGAAAAAGAGCCAUAGGGUUUUGGUCAAUGAACAUUAGUUUAUUCAAAUUUGUUUGAUAGUUUUCUUGAGCAUGUCAUUAGGUUUGUGGCUGUUUUUUCAUCUUUCGUUUUUCAUAAAUGUAGUUAAACAAACAUGUCUCAUUAUUCCUACUUUGUAAUAAAAAGAUACUUCUA